AUGGAUAAGUCUACUGUAACGUUUUUGGUCACUAUAAUAAUUGGCUUCAUACUUUUGAAAUGGUUUACGCAGGCGGAACAGCAUCCUUCUGCUCGGCAGCUUGCCGGUGAGGAAACUGGCCAGACAAGAGGGGCCAAUGCUGGGCAUCAGCAAGCAACAGAAUCAAGCCGGCAAUUUGCCACCCGCCGCGUGAGAAGAGCCGUGACUCCUGAUAUGAUUGAAGUGGUUCAGAGCCUGGCUCCCCAUUUGCACGUCGAGCAGAUCAGAUACAGUCUGGAACAGACUGGAUCAGUAGAAGAGACCGUUGAGCGAUUUUUAAGAGGCGAUGACUUUCCUUAUCCGCCUGGGUACAGGGCCACCCCGGCAAACAGGGCAUCUCCAAGGGGCACCGUCGAUCACGGUGAUCCAAGGAAGAAAGACAACAUAAGACCAGAUAACCUGCUGGAGAAAUUCAACGUGGAUCUUUCCGAGGACCUCAGCGGGCAAGAUGUCAAAGACAUGGAUAUCGAGGCGAGGAAGAAGUUUAUGGUUUGGCAAGCAAGGAGGAACCUGGAAAAGAGAUUAGAAACUGAUGAGAGCUUGAGAAGUCUUGUAAAUUGA